CAGUCAUGGCCUUACAAGCUUUAUCUGAAUCGAUCCACUUAACAUCUGGUAUUUUAACCCAAAACGUGAAAGUAACUGUUAACACUGACAAUGUGAGCCAAGCAUUCAACAUCAACGAAAGAAACAAAAUGGUUCUUCAAAAAUUCCAGCCUGUUGGUAUACCACGAGUGGUGAAUGUCACAGCCAGCGGUCAAGGUUUAGCUUUAGUUCAGGUUGCGGUGAAUUACAAUAUCAAAGAACAAAUCGAGAGACCAGCCUUUGUGAUCAGUGUUGCUAGCUUGACAGAAACAAUGGAAUCCAUAUCUACAAGGAUUUGUACAAGAUACAACAGUUCUAAUGAUGUGCAUAGCGGUAUGGCCAUUUUAGAAUACGGUGUUCCAUCAGGAUUCGAAGCUGACUUGGAAAGCAUUAGUUCUCAUCCAGAUCUGAAAAAAUCUGAAGUAGAUGAGAGAAGGGUCAUUCUCUAUUUUGACAAGAUAACCCAGAACGAGGCUUGUAUCACAGUAAACGCAGAGAGAAGGACCAUGGUGGCGAACGUUAAACCCUCACCUGUCCGUGUGUACGAGUACUACAACCCAGCAAAACAAGUGACAACCUUCUAUACACCCUCAAUUUUGAAACAAACCAGCUACUGUGAUGUGUGUUCGAGCUGUACAUGCGGAACACGGAAGUAAUGAGUGAAUAUCGUUAAAGACGAACAAUUCCAGUAUAUGUUUGUGACGUUAAUUCUGUUAUGUAUGUCUUAGCAUUAAAAUUCACAUGGUUCGCAA